AGAAUCUUUGAGCGUUGAGAGAAUGGUCUGUUGGGUACUUUAGCAGAGAACUCCUUUGCAUCCUACACUCAAACCAGAGCUGUGCUCUACAUCUGGAAAAGUUUGAGCAAAUAAUCCGACGUGAUGGGAAGCGGAAUUAGUUCAGAGAGUAAGGAGUCAGCCAAAAGGUCAAAAGAACUGGAGAAAAAGCUUCAGGAAGAUGCUGAGCGAGAUGCAAGAACUGUAAAGUUGUUGUUAUUAGGAGCAGGAGAAUCUGGAAAAAGCACUAUUGUUAAACAAAUGAAGAUCAUCCAUAAGAACGGUUACAGUGAGCAAGAAUGCAUGGAGUUCAAAGCAGUAGUUUACAGUAAUACAUUGCAAUCUAUCCUAGCUAUCGUGAAAGCCAUGACCACUCUCGGGAUUGAUUAUGAAAAUGCCAGAAGUGCAGAAGACCAAAAACAACUCUAUGCGAUGGCCAAUACCCUGGAAGAUGGGGGAAUGACGCAGGACCUGGCGGAGGUAAUAAAGCGGCUGUGGAGAGAUCCAGGGAUUCAGGCCUGCUUUGAAAGGUCAGCUGAGUAUCAGCUCAACGAUUCAGCAGCUUACUACCUUAAUGAUUUGGACAGAAUAACGGCUCCUGGAUACGUUCCAAAUGAACAAGAUGUUCUACAUUCUCGCGUGAAAACAACGGGAAUCAUUGAAACUCAGUUCUCCUUUAAAGACCUGCAUUUCAGAAUGUUCGAUGUUGGUGGACAGAGAUCUGAGAGGAAGAAGUGGAUUCACUGCUUCGAAGGAGUUACAUGCAUUAUAUUCUGUGCAGCACUCAGUGCCUAUGACAUGGUCCUAGUGGAAGAUGAAGAAGUGAACAGAAUGCACGAAAGCCUUCACCUGUUCAACAGCAUCUGUAAUCACAAGUACUUUGCCACCACCUCCAUUGUCCUGUUUCUCAAUAAAAAAGAUCUCUUUCAAGAAAAAGUCACCAAAGUGCAUCUUAGUAUCUGCUUUCCAGAGUACACUGGGCCAAAUACAUUUGAAGAUGCAGGGAACUACAUCAAGAACCAGUUUCUAGACCUGAAUUUAAGAAAAGAAGACAAGGAAAUUUAUUCCCACAUGACCUGUGCUACAGAUACCCAAAAUGUCAAGUUCGUGUUCGAUGCAGUUACAGAUAUAAUAAUCAAAGAGAAUCUGAAAGAUUGUGGACUUUUCUAAUCAAACUUCCCCCCACCCCAUUCCAUUCUUGCUUAUGUAUGUUUUUCAAGAUGUAAAAGGAAAGGUGCUGUGUGAUGUGUUGUUUUAAUAGAUAUUAACAUCUCCAGAAAUGUAAGUAGCAUUAUAAAGCAAAAGGUUUUCAUGCUAAGUUUGAAUUUAUUGUCACCUGUUUCUGGGUCAUUUUUUACUUCUGUGGGACAUUGAGGAUGAGGCGUAUUUGAUGUCUUCAGGUUUGAAAACUGGUACAUAACGGAAAUUCCAUAUCACUGACAUUGAGUUUGCUUAGAAGUUAAGUUCUGCAUUUUGGCUUAUUUUUGAUCAGAGAACAAUUAAAAAUGCAAGGUAAUCCAUAUUAUUUCCAUUGGCCACAUUUUGGGAGGCAUUCAUUUUGGUUGAUAAUGUAAAUGUGCCUGUACUUUAGAGACUAUUCAAA